GAAAAAGACUCUGAGCUCCCUCUGCCCCUCACAUCUCUUGAGGGAAUGAGAGAGUACGCUGAAAAGCAGGACAGAAAAGACAGGGAUGGAGGAGAAGACUGUUGAAUGCAGUUAGGCAUCACAUUCAGAGUCUGGCUUUUCAUACCUGGUAGCAGAGCACCAAAAAGCCAAUGAGAAUCUGUGAUGGGACUGACAGUGACACCCAGAGCAAGACAGACCAGAGAUUUCUGACAUGUUGUCGACCCAGAUUGAUGGAAGGAAAAUGAGGGGAGAGAGAACAACCAUAGACAUACUUGUGCCGCUGCUUCAGAAAACAGAUUGUAUACCAAGGACGUUCAUCCUCCUAUGGCCGAUGUGUCAACAAGAUAUCUUUUAGGUAUUCUGCUGUAAAUAAGAUGUGUGGACCCAGUGUACAGCACUAAUCUUAGAGACGGGGGAAGGGACCGAUUCUCCACACACAUACAAAAACCCCUCUGCCAAUCACAGAGAAAGAGAGCGGGUGAAGGGAGACAGCAGAGAGAGUAAAAAGAGGAAACAGCUCUAGCAGUUAUCUUUUGUGGACAGCACCCAAGACAGAGAAAAACACACAUACACACACGUUUAAAGACGGUCCUGCCAGCGGAGGCGGAUAACCAACAGACAGAAGCAGAGAGAGCCAGACACGUCACCAGAAGAUCAGAAGAUCACCUGGACCAAAAGUGUUAAUAAGAGGAAGUUGUUGGCUACUUCCCUAAAGAGGGUUAGAGUGGGGGCAGCACAUUAACAGAAAAAGAAAGACAGAGAGAGAGAGAGCAGGGGAAGUCUCCCCCUCGCCCUCUCUCGACCCGGAUCACCGUCAGGCUGGCUGGAACAGCCACGGCCUUCACCUUUGCGGCCUUUUGCUACAUGUUAACACUGGUGUUAUGCGCUGCCCUCAUCUUCUUCGUCAUCUGGCAGAUUAUUGCAUUUGAUGAGCUGCGCACAGACUUCAAAAACCCCAUCGAUCAGAGCAACCCCACCAGAGCGAGAGAAAGAAUACUAAACAUCGAGAGAAUUUGCAACCUCCUCCGAAGGCUGGUGGUUCCAGAAUAUUCCAUCCAUGGGCUGUUCUGUCUGAUGUUCAUGUGUGCAGGAGAGUGGGUAACUUUGGGCCUUAACAUCCCCCUGCUUCUCUAUCAUCUCUGGAGGUUUUUCCACCGUCCUGCUGAUGGGUCUGAAGUUAUGUAUGAUCCAGUGAGUGUGAUGAAUGCAGACAUCCUGAAUUACUGCCAAAAAGAGUCCUGGUGCAAGCUGGGUUUCUACCUUCUCUCCUUCUUCUACUAUCUGUACAGUAUGGUGUAUGCUUUGGUCAGCUUCUAGUUGAUUAGAUCAAAAGGACAGAGGACUAUGAAAGGAAGGAGAGAGAAGACAAAUCAAAGACAAAACCAUGCCGUGCUCUCUUCUCCCUCAUCCGCAGACCUCUCCAGUGCUGAUCUUGUUCAGCUCCUCCUCAGAUCUCCUGGGUGGGGAUGGACGAAUGUAGAAAAAGCUCAAGAUGAGGAGGCAUUUAAAGCUGUCAAUGCAAAGCUGCCUCAAUCACUGCCAUUAAUAAACUAAAAGGCAGGUGGUAACAUGGACCAAAAGAAAAUGAUUGCAAUAGAGAGGGGGAGGGAAAAGGCUCAGGCAGCGUAGAUGUUUUGUAACACCAUUUAAUUUCUCAAGGGCUGCUGUACAAUUCGCUGCUCAUAGCAACAACCGGUUCUUAAUGUCUGCGAAGAGACACAAACAUUCUGUUGAGACAAUUACAGAAUGUGCUACCUUGAGUUUAAAUUGAUAGGCCGUGGACUUUAUGUUGCAAUGUCUUUUUGUUCUAAAAACAUUACACAACUGCAUUUCUUUUGUGGAAAAACUUUUGUCAAAGUAUUAUAUUUCUGCAAAAAAUUUGCUAUUUCAGUAUUUGUGGUCGUUAUAGGAACCUAUAAAUUUACCCUCAAUGUAGAAAUAAAAUAUCAUGGAUUAAAUUAAUAUAUAGCUCAGUUGUUGCAGUUUAGUCAGGGUAGUUCACACAGAAGUUUACAAUGAUAUUUUAAGCAAAACAACCAAUGAGAUAAACAUCAAAAGCCGGAAAAACUGUUGGAGCAGUGUCACGUCUGAGGAACUUUCAUAAGAGCAAUUGAGACAUUUUUGGGCUCAUCCAUCAUGGGCAGCGGUGAGGAUGAACAGUCAAGCAGAACGGCCAUUCCUCUGUGAGAUCCUUAAUUGAAAUGGGCAUGUAGGAGAGAUCUGACCCCAACCUCUGCCGGAGUUCAAAUACUCAAUAGACUGUGACAAAUCAUAAAAGCACUUUUGGAAUGCCAACAGAUGUACUGUAGCAAACAACAGAGAAAGACUCAUUUGAGCAAGUGGGCUGAUGUGCGUGAGACAGUCAAACACAGUAGGCCGUGAUGCAGAUGAUGGAAACAUUUCUUUACGAUGAUUGGACAGCAUCAAGGAUGAUGACAACAAAUGACAAUUUAACCUUGAUGAUGAUUUCACAUCAAACAGCUUUUCAGGCAUUCUUAUGUGUUGUCAGACUAUAUACACAACAUAUAUCUGAUGCCACUUUGUCCUAUAUUUAUGAGGGUCAUAGGACCACACCCUCACUUUGCCUCAAGUUGAGUUCCUGUGUUGUGUUGUGCCCAUAAGUCUGCUAAACACGUCGAUUAACAACCAUUAUUAUAUAAGCCAUGUGUAAUUCACACUUUGUAGAUUAAUAGAUUUGCAGAGUGCAUCACUUUUGAGGCCAGAACCACAUGAAUCCGUUUUCGUUUGAGAGCAGUUGUCGUUUCCCGAGGUAUGUGUUCUUAAGGUAUGCAGACGAGUAGUGUGAAUAGAUUUCGGACAUACUUCAUCUGGGAAUGUGGGUAUUAUCCUGUGACCCGAUGAUGUUAAUGACACUAAUGGCGUAAGGAAACUAAAGAAGCAGGUUUCAAGCAUAAAUUGAUUAAGUGUUGAUGUGAGUCUCUGCACUAGCUAGAAAAGCUUCAUUACGAAAUACCUGUGUGGGUUAAUUAUUACAUUCUCGUAUACACACAUUUCAGUAAACAAUUGAGUACUUCAAUGAAAAUGACAGUCCGAGUGCUUUUUAGCCACAUUGCUGGCUAGGUUUGACCUCCUGGGCACUCAUUCCAUCCUGGCUUUCACUUGAUUUACCUAAAAAUGUGAACAUACCUUGGACAAUCACAAAAAGCACAACAAAGGAAUAUGGACACAGAGAGGAAUGACUAGGGUCUUCAUUAGGGACAUAAUCACUGAAUGUCUUUUUGUGAUUUAAUAUUAGUUAACAUGCAGUAUCUACAUUUAAGAAUACCUGCAUGACAAUGUCUUUUAUACAAAACUCAUUAAUGUAUGCUACAGCACCUUUGGUAACUUUAAUGGUCUGUAUUCGGUUGAAUACACACUAAUAUCUUAAAUACUCCAAAAGCAAUUCCACAUGUUCUAAUAAAACAAC